UUCUUUGUGUUGAGAGUCAGUGCAUGACUGACAAGGGAUAUUUUCACAGACAUGCUCUCCUAAUAACACGUAUCACCACGAAGACCUCGUACUAAGAAGAUAGAAUACUUAUCAUGUUCUUCAACGAAUCUACGCGGCUGCGUCAGCUUGUUGCAACAGGGCGUGGUGGCCCCCGCACUCCGAGGACACUGCUCACCUCAAGCGAUGGCAACAGGGAGGCACCUAUUAAAGGGGCACCAUUACGGCAAGGACAACUACUAUUCAUACUAAGUAUCGUUACAGGCUGAUUCUUUAUCUCUCUCGUCAUGGAUGCACGCUUCAGGCAUUGACGAGAACAGAUAUACCUCUCCAGUCUGGAGGUACUUCCGAUAUGCUACGAGUAGUGGUCAACUCACGUGUCUGGAUAGCUCUAACACUGGAAGAAAAACCAAGUGUAGAUCACGACGCGGGGCGAAGACGUGCUGCGGACCUGGAUCCGGAAACGGUACAAUAUUGGCAAGCCUAUUGUCCCAAUCUUCCGCAGUAUGCUCCACCAGACUUCGACGCACUCCAGAAAACAUCGUACUUCAUCUUCCCACACUCGUUUAGACGUUUUAGCAUGUUCGAGUUUAUUGAAUUUUUCGAAAUGUGCAACAAUGUGCUGCGUUUUGUACGGUGGAUCCAUCAACCUUGGACGCGAUUCACGGACUCAAUUUCGUAAACGCGUUUAUCUCGAUGAUCCCAGGCACAGUCGGCGGCUCCGAUUUGCAACUGUGAACGGGGUCCGAAUAGAAAAGGAUAAAAAGGCUGAUGAGGCAGCAACACCACGCCUUGCGAUGCAGAGUGCACGAAGGCGACAACAGGAUGAAAAACAUUCCCCACUUUCCAUGGUGCCGACACCGAGGCUGAUGUCUGAUGCAAAGCUAAAACGACGUGCAAAAUACGAACAACUAGCGAAUUUCGAAGGUAAUACUAGUGAAACUCUGGUCGGCAUUCAUUCUCGACGUUGUGAUGUCAUUGACGAGUAAAACCCAUCAAUAGAAGUAAGCAUUCUCAUAUUAGAGGCACAGAUGAACAUCAUGCACGAGUGAGUUACAUGCUGAUGGUCAUGCUUACAACAUCAACGGAUGAACAACAGGUAAAAUCUGUCGUUUUCAAGCGGUCGUGAAUGAUAUGUACACGGAGAUGUACGAACGUCGGCAUUUCUUGAUCGACUACUAUUUACAAGACGACACCUUAGCGGUACACGAAAUAGCUUCGCCAGAACGCCUCUCUGGCUGGAGUGGACGGGAGCCCUCGAUAUGGUUUCGUCGCGGGAAAUGCAGGCGUGCAGAAGCAAAACAUUGCAUAAAGGAAGGCUUGUUGCAGCCACUCGAGGACGAAGAAUGCAUCGCACUUCAAGAUUUUCAGGUAUGAUAUAUAUGUACGAACAUCUGGUAUGGUCACGAACAUGAUAUCCAACUACCCAGUACAUGCUCUUCAAGCGCGCCUCCAUCUUCAUAUUUAUGCUUAUGGUUUAUUGCGGAAGUAGUGAAAAGUGAACAAAACUAUAAGGUCGGCAAAACAAUCUUGCUGAACGGACAAGAGUUUUACAUCUACGAUGCUGCGCCGUUCGCGCGCGAAUUUUUCUCAAAAUUUGUCGGCGUGGAGCUGGCUCAAUUGCCAGCAGAUGUGGUGGAAAAAGUGCAUCGAAUGAUCCCGUCCCGUUUCGAGCAGAAGCAGGAGACAAGCAUGUGCAGCACGAGAAAGAUGGAAAUGGCGAGUGCCUCGACGACUUGCACUGAUACUGAACAGCGAGGUGUGCUUGGUGUGGAUGAAGGGGAUGAGAUGGACGAGCACGCGGCUAUAGCUGAUGAAUCGCCAGCAACGCAAAAGUCCGAGGACCACAAUGCAGUUGGUAGCUCUGGCAGUAGAACAAGAGAAAUUAACAGUGGUACAAAACCGCAUGGUGCGCCUGGAGGAGAGCAGAGACAGAAGAGGCAACCGAGCAAGCAGAAGGUUGAAAACAUGUCUCCUGGUGAGCUUGCGAGACUCAUGUGUAGGCUAAUCGGAAAAUUGCGCAAAGCACAAGCGACACUGAGGGAGGUAAGCAACAUCUGGUAAUGUCUUUCCCGUUCAGCACGACCACAUUGUUGUGAAGUAGAUGAUUCUUUAUGAGUAUGACUGAAGAACAAGUACUAAAGGGUAUAGAAUCAAAGGAGUUCUCAACAAGAUGCGCGCCAUCACUUUCACCAAUUACUACGUUCUAAACCAAAAGAACCUCCCACUAAUUCUACCAGACUUUCCGCUAUUUCGACGUUGAGAAAGACCACGUUCUUUGUCCAAACGAUUUCCACCUUAUGCUUGUGCAUUACGGCUAUUCCCUCACGGAGGAGGAUCAGGGAAUUCUUUUCAACUACAUGUCGGACAGGGGUGCGCCUCUCAGCUUCAGGCAGUUUGUGAAAGUCGUUAGCGAUGACGCGACGAAGGACGUGCGGGGUUAAAUCGAUUUGCCUACGUUCAUGUUUUGGGACAGGUUUGAAAGCAUAUUCACUGUAAGAUUUUUCGAAAAUCAUGACCGAAAACAAAUGAACUGAGCUCCGAUAAUUCUAGCAGGCAAAAAAUUUAUGUUGUGUGGUAAUACAAUGAAUUAUGUUACAAAUGACCAUGUAUAUGUAUAGGCCUACGUCAAUUGAACUGGAACUAGAACCUAUUUGUAGGAGUUGAGUUGUAAAUAUUUAUAUGCUCAUAUCCGUAGGCACAUCUUUACUGCAAAUAAUUAUGUGUCCGCGUCGUCGAGUACCAAUACCCAAAUCGCGACGACGUUAUAUAUAGUUUGCACGUCUAUAUUAUUCAAAAUCUAUCUACUUCCAUCAAAGAUUAUUUCAACGCCAUUAAAAUGGACUUAAAAUAGACUACUCAUAUCUAUCAGACGGGACCACCAUUCUCUGUAGUGAUAGUAUGACCUGCUGUUCAGUGAACAGUGACAGAAUAUGAAGUGAAAAAACUCAAGUCAGAGUCCUAGGUGCAUGGAGUUAGCAUCGAUGAACGUGUGCUAAUGAUAGAAACUACGCAAUUGUUGAAUGACCAAAAGAGUUAAAGAUAAGGCUUACAAUUUCUGCCGCUUGUAGUAUUACAAGUAUAACUAGAAGUAGUUGUCAAUGAAUGUGCAUGAUAAUGAAGUAGUUGUCAAAAAAGUGAAGUUCCAGGGAUCGUUGAUGCCUAACUCAUAGUAUGUCCUGACUCGCCACGCCGUCGCACUUAGCGGAGGCCGCUCCUUCAGUAGCCCCGGGAUCCAAAAAAAAAGCCCAGUCGUCCUGGCAAAAAAAAGCAUCUGUUGAGAGUCGAGUGAAACCGAAAUGCAUAAAUGCCACCUACCUACCUGGGUGACUUUUUAAGCAUUUUGGUGACCCGCCAGUCGCCCUUUGGAAACUGAUUGGGGUCUAGAGUGUUCCCAACUUCUGUCAUGUGUGAGUCGAGAGGCGCGGACUUGUUUACGGACAAAAAGAAAGAGGACGGAAGAAUAGAAAAAUUUCAGAUCUUACGCGCAGCUUGAUUUAAAAGGGGGAGAGCGUCCCAUCGCUCUCCCUCGCCGAUCCUUUUAUCUCCCGCCCGCUCUUAGCAGAGAAGUGGCUAGCAGGCAUAAGGCAGCCCCUUUGGUAGGAGUAAUCCCUCCGGUUUCUGUUUUUCUUUUUGGGUAUUUUAUGGCGAUUGCGGAAGCGGGAUCCGGUUGAGGAUGGUGCACGCCGCGAAGGAGAGAGCGCGAGGCAGUGAAGAUAAGAAAAACUAGGUUAGUGCUCCCUCAACAACGAAAAACAUGUUGUACUUAGGGCCUUACGCCAGUAGGCAUUUACUUCUAGUUGUUCACUUGUCAGUUGCUUGCGCAUUAGUCAAGAGUUAGCAGGGUUGGCAUCCCCUGCGCUCGUGCCUUGUAGGUAGGCGUAUAAGAGUGGGACGGUUGGCAGCCGGUGGAGGUUUAUAUAAAACUCUUAAUCCGCCUCCUUUACUCCUAGGGUUCAGCUUUUUAGAAUCGGCAGGUUCGUAGGCAAUUAGUGCGCUGUAUUAUAAGGAGGUAACCGGACUCCACCUGCCGUCGGUUUGCGAACCGGAUAAAGCUGAGGCCGCUCAUUUAGUAGCCCCGGGAUACAAAAAAAAAAAAAAUGUUUCUUUCGUGAGGCCCUUGAAUCUUGAAUCUUGACACAUUGAUGAAAAUGUGAUGAAGAUGAAGGUCUCUCUUUUCAUUUUGAGCUGGUUAACAUUCGCUUUUCAUUCACCUCUAUUCGUAUUCAUUGAUCGUUGGCAGUGCGCACAAUUGCGGUCACUGGAGUCGCAUCGAUGAUUCGAGGUAGCAAUACAUACGAAGCUAAGCUUUAUCGAGAAAAACUCGCCUGUCG